ACUAAUGAAUAGGGAGGUGUUUGUAGCCUUUAUAAAAGAGGAGCUCUGCCAAGGGCAGACAGUGUCGAUUCCAUACUCGUUUCCCCUUGAGGCUCGCAGACCAGGAGACUGAUCAUGGCUUUCGCUGGAAUCCUUAAAGACGCAGACAUUGCAGCUGCCCUCAAGACCUGUGAAGCGGCGGGCUCUUUCAAUCACAAGACCUUCUUCGCCGAAGUGGGGCUGGCCAGCAAGCCCGACUCCGAGGCAGAGAAAGUGUUCAAAAUCCUGGACCAGGACCAGAGCGGAUUCAUUGAGGAGGAUGAGCUGAAGCUGUUCCUGCAGAACUUCUCCGCCAGCGCCAGAGUCCUGACCGACGCCGAGACCAAGACCUUCCUGGCCGCCGGAGACUCCGACGGUGACGGCAAGAUCGGAGUGGAUGAGUUCCGGGCUCUGACAAAAUGAACAAGCCCACGCCCAAAUUAACAGAAGCUGUGAUGAAGGAGUCUUAUUUAUUUAUUGUUUUAUACAGUUCAUGGCAUUUGCAAAUUGUGCUGUCUUGUGGUUUUUUUUUUCUUAUGGCAAUGAUUAAAACAAACUCAUAAGGAAAAAAUAAAUGCUACUUAAAGAAAGA